UGCUCCACCUUUAGACAGUUGAAAAGGUUAAAAGAAUUGUUCAAUAUAUUUAAAACAGUUUUGCUUUGCAAGCAGAUCUUCUAAAUCGAUAUUUCACUUCCCACUUAAAGUAGAAGUUCAAAUCUCGAGGGGAGAUUAUAUCCAAUAUAUUCCGAUAAUCCAUUUCCCUUUUAUCUGGGUUCCUUAUUUUGGUUAUACGGGUAGAGAUUAUAUCCCAUCUCUGUUGGCGAAACCAUGGCACAAUCCAAUCAUUCCAACUUGGUUGGAGUUCAUUACAAGGUGGGUAAGAAGAUUGGUGAAGGUUCCUUUGGAAUCAUUUUUGAAGGUAUCAAUCUUUUAACCAACCAGCAAGUAGCCAUCAAGUUUGAACCGAGAAAGUGUGAAGCUCCUCAAUUACGGGACGAGUAUAGAAGUUAUAGAAUAUUAAGUGAUGCCGAAGGAGUUCCAAAAGCCUACUUCUUUGGUCAAGAAGGUGUUCACAAUAUUUUGAUCAUUGACUUGUUGGGACCUUCUCUUGAAGAUUUAUUUGAUUGGUGUGGUAGAAAGCUUUCUAUCAAAACUGUGAUCCAAAUUGCCAGACAAAUGAUCCAACGAGUCCAGGUUAUCCAUGAACACAAUCUCAUAUACAGAGACAUCAAGCCCGAUAACUUUUUAAUAGGCAAACCCGGUACUCCCCAAGCCAACCAAAUCUUUUUGGUGGAUUUUGGUAUGGCCAAACAGUAUAGAGAUCCCAAAACCAAAACUCAUAUUCCAUAUAGAGAAAAGAAAGCCUUAAGUGGGACUGCCAGAUAUAUGUCUAUUAACACUCAUUUGGGCAGAGAGCAGCUGAGAAGAGACGAUUUGGAGAGUUUGGGUCAUGUCUUUAUGUAUUUCUUAAGAGGUUCCCUACCAUGGCAAGGAUUGAAAGCUCCUACAAACAAACAGAAGUAUGAGAAGAUUGGCUAUAAAAAGCAGGUUACCUCCAUUAACGAAUUAUGCUUUGGGUUCCCUAUUCAAUUUGCCCAGUACUUGAACUAUGUUCGUGGCUUAAAGUUUGAUGAAGACCCCGAUUAUAACUAUUUAGUGAGCUUAAUGGAUAAGGCAAUGGUCUCCAUUAAUGCAGAAGAUGAUGAACGUUACGACUGGAUGGACUUGAACGGGGGUAAGGGCUGGGAUGCUGCUCUUAACAAAAAGGCCAAUUUGCAUGGAUAUGGAAAUCCUCAUCCUCCAAGACCUCAACAACAGUCUUCCAGCUCCAAAUUGAAUAAAGGUAAAAAGGCCAACUAUAAUUCCAUUAAUCCUGAUAAGAACCGUCAUUUCCUCAAUGCCAGCUAUAAUUCUGGAGGGGAUCAUUAUCAAAGUGGAAUGGUACCUAUCAGGGACCAUGGAAGUUUGCAUUCCGAGAAUACCUCUUUCAACGAAGGAAGAAGCUGGUGGUCCAGGCUACGCUGCUGUUUCUAGCUAGUACCCAACAUGACUUCUGUUAACUAUUCAAGAUUAUUUGCAUGUCACUAAUUUUAAUUCAUGAAGAUGUUGAUGGUUUGUCCAAGUUUUAGGGAGUCCUCCUUCCAUCUGUAUAUUACUAACAUUUCACUCCCGUAGAUGACUUCAAAUACCGGUAUUGUUUUAUUUCAUUUUCACUUCAACCUUUUUGCACUAAAUAUACCAGAUUAAAUACAUAAAUUCAUAAAUUCAAUCGAUAAUUUUUCGCGUU